AUGGUUCUAGCGGAGUUCAGUGGCCUGUUGGGGAUGAGGAAUACGGCCGUCGUCGUCCGCCGGAUACUUGAGAAGCUCUGCGACACUGUACCGUCCAAGUCGAGGUUGUGCUUCUCGCAGGAUCGCAUGCAGAUCCCAGUUGGGAGUGGACUAGGGAAAGUGGUUGUCGUUGAAGCUGCCGGGCUGACUGCGUUGUGCCCGGAGAAGUUACGCACAUCAAAUUACUUGAGCUUAAAGUACAUUCUUUUCUUUUCCUCUGCCUUUUGUGAAAGUAGUGUUUACACUAGCAAUAGCAUUGCUAAUAGUAGUGUUUGGGAUUUAACCGAGACGGCCAGCAGUAGUUAUGCGGCAAUGACCGACGCGACAAGCAUGGCGUACUUGCCUCAGACUGUUGUGUUGUGUGAGCACCGACAUGAUGCUUUCGAGGACUGCCUGGCCUCGGGGCUAUCGGAGAGUGGUUUAGUUCCCAAAUGGAGACCUCGGGAGCGAGGCCAUGAGAGUGAACAGGAGAGGCUUGUAAAGGAGAUGAAGAAGCUCAAAACGAACAAGCUACGCUGGGCUGGAGACCCAACUAGCUGCUUUGAAGAAGCAAAUUCAUGAUCUCGACACAGAAGUAGAUUCUCACAGAGCUAAGGUGUCUUCUAGAAAACAGGAUCAUGAUAAGGUCCAAUCGGAGCUCAAUAAUGCCUGAAGGAAGAUACAGGAAUGCGAUACACAGACAUCACUCACACGGAAAUCGGAUUUACACCCAACAGGAUUCCAAUGAUAGCGUGUUGGAUUUACAGCAUUGGCUUUGAAUGGCAGAAGAUUCUUACUGGAUGCCGUAUUGUUUUCAGCAGAGUAUUCCCAGUCGGUGAAGCCAAUCCACACAUGCAUCCACUGUGGUAGACAGCUGAACAAUUUGGUGCUGUUUGCACUAACCAGAUAGACAAAAAGGUUACUCAUGUUGUUGCAAAUUCUCUUGGAACUGAUAAGCCAUUUGCAGUACAUAAUCCAAAGGGAUUCAUGGGAUUUUUAACCUUCUGAGGAACGCAACAUUAAUUUCUAAGCUCAUGAACAGGUGAAUUGGGCUCUCGAGAGGGGAAGGUUUGUCGUGCAUCCUGGCUGAAAUUGGAUUUUCGGCAGGCGUAAAAUACAUUGAUCCAACUUACAUGAUCCAUCCAUGUCGUGCAAGUGCAUCGGAUGGAAUUCUUUGGCCAAGAUAUUGCAAGUCCUCUUCUUCCUAUUUUGCAAUGCCAUUACUUUUCCCUCGAAAGUCAUCUUUUGAGUGUCUAGAAUCUUUAAAUAAACAGAAGCUAGAACUUUUGUUUGAGAGCUUUGAUAAAAUCGGUCAUGGAGUGCAUGUAAUUUUGAAUUCCUUAAAUGACAUCCUAAUGUAAAUGAUUGGACAAUUUUUGGCUAUGCAAGAGCACUGUAAUAAAUUCUUAUUUUAGAAACAACGCAUAUUAAGAAAAGUUUUUGUCAAUUUUUUGUCCAAACUAUAUGAUGAGCUUAGCUUGAACUCUGGCUGAAUGACAUGUAUGAAUGACACGUAAGUGUACGAGAAUCUUAUUGUAGGGUAGACAGGUUCAGAAUGAUUAAUGUGUUUUUCUCAUGUGAAUAUAUGUUGAAUUUGAUUUAAUCAUUGAGAUUACUCAAUCAUACAGGAUUU